AUGUCUGCCUCGUCUUUGUGGAAUCUGCAGCUGAGGAGGUCCUCCCGCGUAGAGAGGCGGGCAAUGCCGCGUGGAGAACACGAGGGCCACUUCGCGGGGGCCUUCGCAGGUGGCGGGCGCGUGGCUGCUGCUGCUGCUGCUGCUGCGGGGCCGCCGGCGAAGCUGCAGCGGGGGCGUUCUCUGGGCGCGCAGCAGCAGGCGCUGCAGCAAGUGCUGGACGCUCCUCUGUUUGCGCCCAAGUCCGCAGCGCCGCCGGGAGCGUCUGCUGCCGCUGCUGCUGCUGCGGGGCUCGGUGGGGGCAGCUGGCUGGCUGGAGAGGAGGGGCCUGAGGACUGCGGGCUCAGCAGCAUGCCGAAGCCGCGGCGGCCGUGGGCCUGCGGAGAGCCCCUGGGCUUCUCCCACGAGGAAGCCAAGCCCGCAGUGCGCACUUACGUGCACAAGCCGGGCUGCCGGUGCCCCCUGUGCACAGCUGCGGGGUGGGGGCUGGGGGCCCCUGGGGGCCCCCUGGCGGGGGAGCGCCAGGGGGUGGACACCUACGCCUCCGUGGAGGGGCCCCGGCUGCAGGGGGGCCUCCCUGUGGUGCCUCUGCCCCCGGGGGGCUACGCAGCCUCUUCUCCCAUGCGCAUCUUGUCUUCGCCCAUCAGCUCCCACGCGGGCUACAGGCCAGCCCGCAGCGAGGGCCCCGGGGGCCUCGCCUACAGCUCCGGCGAAGUCCUUUUGCCCCAGGGCAGCUUCUUGGACUCUGGGGGGGCCCUCGUGGGGCCCUCGCUGCAGCGGGUCUACCCGGCCCAGGGGCUGCAGCAGGGGCCCCACCUGCAGACGCUCUCCUGCAGCGAGUGGCAAGGGGGGGGCCCCCACGCCCACCUCCAGCGGGCCACGCUCCAGCCAUCCUCGCUGUACCCUCUCGCAGCAGAGACUCUCCAAGAAGACAGGCAGCAGCAGCAGCAGCAGCAGCAGCAGCAGCAGCAGCAGCACACUCCCUGCUUUGCCCACUCCCCCUCGCCCCGCAUGGCUUCGCAAGAGGCCCCGCAGAACAAGCUAGAUGCUUCUGCUGCUGCCAGCAGAGAGCUCAGGCGCCGGCAGGAGGAGCUGGUGAAGCAGCAAAACAAAGAAAGAGAGGAACUCGAGCUCGAGCGGCAGCAGCUCAAGGAACAGCGCGAGAGACUUGAAAAACAACGCCAGGCCUUCGAACAAGAGAAACAAGCCGUUCUGCUGGCCCAGCAGCAAGCAGCAGCAAACUGCCGCAGCACGGGACCCGCCCCCGGCAGCGAGCUCGCAGCAGCAGCUGCAGAACAGCUUCCCGUCAGCAGCACAGACGGCGCCAUCAAACUCCCGAGGACUCCAGCCCCGAGGGCUUUGCCGGGCUCUUCAAUUCGCCACACAAAUUCAACUUCAAACAUUGUCCGCUCAAUCACUGGCUCCGGAAUUGGCGAGUUCCAGGCGGAGGCCCGGCGAGGAACCGGCGCAGCAGCAGCAGCAGCUGCUGCUGCAGCAGCAGCAGCAGCAGACGCAGAUGUCCCUGAGGAAAGAGAGUCUUGCAGCGCAGCAGGAGGCCGACAGCAAACUCUUCAACCCCCAGCUCCUUGCGGCCGCUUCUUCUCCCGCACGGCCAGCGUCGACACUUCUGAUGACAAAGAGACCA